AUCGAAAUUUAAUACAUUAUUUUUUUAUAUCAAAAAAUAUAUAUUCUUUAAAAUGUCGAGAGAGUCCGGUAGAAGGUCCGUGGAUAUGGGCGCCGUGAAUCGAAGUUUGAGGAGAGGCAAAGCUAAAGCCACCUCCGACGGUUCGACCUCACGCGGUUCUCGAGGAAGACACUCCGUCUCUUCGUUUCCUACUGUCCCAAAUCAUUUAAUCGGGGACGCUAUGACGGAUGAAGAAUUCAACCAGAUUUAUUCUGGUAGAGGAGACGCGAAUCUCCCCACUCUUGAUAGUUUAUUCGAGGAUGUUGAUGAAGCAGGACUGGAUAAUCUUGACAGGGACGAUGAGCCUACACCGCAAAGCAACGACGUCGACGUGGAGGCAGGUGAGCCUGAGACCUCUCGAGGUCCGGACAAAGCGGUUAUGGCGGUCCGGAAAAACACCUAAGGUCGAGGCAUCCCGUGGAGUACGCCAAAUACGAGGCCAAAAAAAAGGGACGACAAGAAGUGCAAACCCAAAUUUCUCGGUUUGCUAACAGAGGUAAGGGCGGCCUUUUUGCUUAUAGCGACGAGCAAAAUAAGCAAAAAAUGGCCGAAAUGAUUUGUGAAGAAAAUUUGCCAUACAUGUUUUCUGAAAAACUUGGUUUUAUUGAUUAUUGUCAACAGGCAUUAAACCCUCAAGCACGAGGUUUUUCAAGAAAAACAAUUAAACGAGAAAUUAUUCGCCAGUAUAAAAUGGAAAAAAUUAAUUUGGCAAAUUUUU